AUGGGUGACAGGUCAGCGACGGUGGGCUCUGAGGCAGAGUUGGGUGGGCUGAGCAGCGGGCAGGAGGAGGAGGCGCCCGACGACGUCCGCUGCGCCAACUUCAACCAGGACUUCACGUGGGUGCCCACCUGCCUUAGGGAGGCUACUAUAUCCCUGUGUCCUCCCACAGGCACGAGAGGCCAGUGCUGCGUGAGCAACUGCGUGGUGGUGCAGCGCCUCUACGUGUCCUCACUGGUGGCCGUCGUGAGUGAGGACCACCCCAGGAAAUUGUGCCUCAAUCACUUCAAGAAGAACAGCCACAUCUGCUCCUAUACCUACAUCACCAGCAUCCUUAAUGUGCUGCUUAACAGGGAGAGGCUGGUUGUGGUGUGUGAAGACAAGCUCUCCGUGCACGUGGUGAAGGACAUGGAGUUGGUGCACACCAUCACUGACACUCCCCACAACCCCGCGGGGUUAUGCGCCCUCGCCAACUCCCCCACCAACGCCCACCUCGCCUACCCCGCCUCCACCACCCACGGCGUCGUGCAGGUUUUCCACGCCGUCGCCCUGCUGGCGACGGCGUCGGUGAAGGGGACGGUGGUGCGGGUGUUCUCUGUGCUGGGGGAGGCAGCGGGGGAGAAGCUGUGGGAGCUGCGAAGGGGGAUGACCCGCAGCGUGACCAUCCACAGCCUCGCCUUCAGUGGGGACGCCUCCCUCCUGGGGGCCUCCUCCUCCUCCCCCACCGUGCACAUCUUCCGUCUGGCCCCUCCUCCCGCCCCUCC